GAUGACACACCUAGUCUGCCCCACGCGACGCGUUUACAUGCAUGUGGAUGGGUAGUUACUCUGUCCUCUCUCUCUCUCUCUCUCUCCCACUCGAUCUCCACACAAUGCCAAGGCAAGCAAAGGAUUUAAGAGACCAGCCAACAAGCCAAGUAAAACAUUAAUAUUACACCAACAGACCAAAACACAACACAAAGGAAAGAAUGACGACGCACCCAAAUCUCAUUCUUGCCUUCCUCUUCUUCUUCUUGUUCCAUUUCCUCCUCAUCUCCCUGACCCACGCUGCCGGUGGCAAAUGGCUGCUCUUGCAACAGAAUAUCGGCAUUUCCGCCAUGCACAUGCAACUCCUCCACAACGACCGCGUCGUCCUCUUUGACCGCACCGACUUCGGCAAAUCUAACUUGUCCCUGCCCGAAGGCCAGUGCCGCAAUGACCCCAACGACGCCGUCCUCAAAGUCGACUGCACCGCCCACUCAGCCGAAUACGACGCCCCCACCAACUCCUUCCGCCCUCUCAUGGUCCAGACCGACGUCUGGUGCUCCUCCGGAUCCGUAGCACAAGACGGUAGCUUGAUCCAGACCGGCGGCUUCAACGACGGAGAGCGCCGCGUCAGGAUUUUCCAAUCCUGCACCGGCUGUGACUGGAAGGAGUACGACAACGGCUUAGCCGCUCGCCGUUGGUACGCCACCAAUCACAUUCUGCCAGAUGGACGGCAGAUCAUCAUCGGCGGCAGGCGGCAGUUCAACUACGAGUUUUAUCCCAAAAGCGAGUCGUCUAGCAAUGUCCACAGUUUGCCGUUCCUCGUGCAGACUAACGACCCCAAAGUCGAAAACAAUCUUUACCCUUUCGUUUUUCUCAACGUGGAUGGCAACUUAUUUAUUUUCGCCAACAAUCGAGCUAUUCUGUUCGACUACGUGAAGAACGUCGUCGUUAAAACUUACCCGCAAAUGCCCGGCGGCGAACCGAGGUCCUACCCGAGCACCGGGUCCGCAGUGUUGCUGCCAUUGAAAAACUUACAAGCUCAGUUUGUUGAGGCUGAGGUUUUGGUCUGCGGUGGGGCACCGAAAGGAUCUUAUGCCAAGGCCGUCAAUGGCACUUUCGUGGAAGCUUUAAAGACAUGCGGUCGGAUCAAAAUAACCGACCCGAAUCCGCAGUGGGUAGUGGAGACCAUGCCUCAAGCUAGAGUCAUGGGAGACAUGACAUUGCUUCCGGACGGCACCGUUUUAAUCAUCAACGGGGCAGCGGUUGGGACUGCAGGAUGGGAAUUCGGGCGGAACCCGGUUUUGAACCCGGUUAUAUAUCGACCCGAAAAUGCAGUCGGGUCCAGAUUCGAGCAGCAAAACCCCACCACCAUACCGCGGAUGUACCAUUCCACAGCGGUGUUAUUACGCGAUGGCAGAGUGUUGGUUGGGGGCAGCAAUCCUCACAUUUAUUACGAAUUUACGAACGUGCUUUUCCCAACGGAAUUAAGAUUAGAAUCAUUUAAUCCUGAUUAUCUGGAUGCUAAGUACGUUAAUUUGCGUCCCAAAAUCGUUGCACCCCAGUCACAAGCUAAGAUUAAUUACGGACAAAAGCUAGCCGUUCGAUUUUCUGUGGCGGGAACGGUGGCGCCGAAUUUGGUAUUGGUGACGAUGGUGGCGCCAUCGUUUACGACACAUUCGUUCUCGAUGAACCAGAGGCUGCUUGUACUUGCGGCGGAGAGCGUGACAAAUGUGGCCAAAUCCACGUAUCAGGUUCAGGUGACGACGCCAGGUUCGGGUAAUCUUGCGCCUUCCGGAUAUUAUCUCUUGUAUGUGGUUCAUCAGCAAAUCCCAAGUGAGGGUAUUUGGGUCCAAAUCCUGUGACAAAAUACGAAGGUAUAUAUAUAGAUGGAAAAUGUUAGGCUUAUCACAUUUUUAUAUCACAUUAUGUAUCACAUCUGUAAUAGAAGUGGACCUCAUUUAUAUUGGUGGGCUCUACCUCUAUGAGAUAAAUGGUAUAUAAUAUGGUAUAAAAAUGUGGUAAGCUUAUCGUUACCCUAUAUAGAUAGUUAUAGUUAUUUUCUCUAGCUUUUUUUUUCCUAUACAUUUUUUUAAUUUUAUUUAAAAAGGAAUUAGUUAUCAGUGGAGAAAAAUAAAAACCUGCAUUGACAGACUCAAGCUAGGAAUACAAAAGGAAUUAGUUAUUGUCAAAUGCAAUUCGAUUUUUAAGUUGUUGUAUAUUUUUAUUUUUAUUUUUUUGGAAGGAGCAUCUUACUUUUUUUAAUACGUAAUCAUACUUGCAAG